GUUUUUGUUAGUCUUGAGAUAGAGUGCUACGAGUACUAUUUAUAUUUUAUUUAUAUCGGUCGAUUUAGUACCACUUAUACUCCUUUUUCACCUUUGAUAUCACUAAUAAUAUUUUUGCAGUAAAAAAAUAAAAAAACACAAGCUGAGUUUACCCAUAAUAAUAUUCAUGCACAAGAAUGAGAUCCAUCAAAGAGAUGCAUUACAUGUAGAGUGUACUCCUAUAUGUUAUGAUGCAGUCCACACUAGAGAAUUAACAUGCGGUUUCUUUCUUCAAUUCCCUGCUUUUCUUUCUUUUGUAUUCACAAGUACAAAACAAACAAUCCCUUGUAACGGUUUUAUCCCACCCACACUCCUUCAUAGUACAGUACUAAGUAAUUUGCCUCAUUCCCCUAAUCCCCUUCAACCACUUUUGUCCCAAAAUUGAAAACAAUAAUAGUGUGAUAGAAAAAGAGAUUCUACAUAUUGCUAGUCUUAUUCUCAAAAAUUGCACACAUAUGUAACCUUUAACACCAAAUCUCUCAACAAUACACACAAACCUCUGUACUCAACAACUCAGCCAUGCCACCAAAGUUGGGAAGACCAAGGAAGCAGAAAAGGAAGAACAACUUGGAUGGGCCUGGAAACAUUUCCCACUCUGAAUCAACCACCAACAGGAAGAACACAGUAAAGUUAGAGUCUUCGGGUUGGGAUUGCCCUCUAUCUGCCAGAAGGGUUUUAAUUCCAAAUUCAACGCCGAUUUCUGGUCUCCGCCGCUCCUCCAGAUUAUCUACAAGGUGUAUUGAAAAUGGAACAACAUCUCUUGAGCAGGUGGGGGGAAUACAUGUUGAAAAUUCAAUAGUAAGGAUACCCGAGAAGGCGGGGGAAUUAGGUGAGCCCGAAAUGUCAUUGUCCAAUAAUUCAAAUCAAAUUGUUGGACAAAAUGAUUUGGAAGCAGAAGGUAUCCCUCUUGAGCAAGAGCCUUUGGUAGGAGAAAUUCAAGCUUUAAAUAAGUUUGAGGAGAUAACGGUUAACGAUAAUAGGAAGUCUAUUUCAAGGGCUGGAUGUUCAUCUCAAUCUGUUAGUCUCAAAUUAACUGAAAUGGUUGGCAUGAUUGGAGAGGAAGAUGAUGAUGAGGUUGAUUCUAAUAUACAAAGUUGGCUUGAGGACACGGUUAAUGGAUAUCACGUGAAGCCAGAAUUCAUGCCGAUAUUAAGGAAGAUUAUCGGCAAGCAUGGAGAUAUUGCGAAGAAUUGUGCCGCAGAGUCAGUGGUAUACCGUUCAGCAUUGUUGGAGAUGAUCUGUGGAAUCAUAUCAGAGUUGGACAAAAUGGAUGUCGCCAACAUCACAGGAAAAGACUUGAAAAAGAAGAUUAGUCUAGUUGAUGAAAUAAAAAUGAUGGAAGUUGAGGUUGAGUGGCUUCACACUAGGCUAACUGAGAUAUUUGAGGCAAGGCAGAUUCUUAAGCAAAGUGGCAAGCUGAAGGAGAAAUUAGACAGCAAUAAGGAGUCCAUUGAAAUUGCUGAGAGUGCAUUGCAGGAAUGCGAAACAGCGAAGAAGAAGUUGAAAGCAAUAUGUGAUAAGGAGGCUCUUUGGAAAGAAAGAUUGGCUAGAAGCCAGGAUGAGUGUACCAAGACAUAUCAAGAAAUCAAAAGUGCCAGAUCUAGAGUCAAACAAUUUCUUAAUUGUUCAUUGGUUGAUGAUUUGCUUUAGUAUGUUCAAUUACAUUUUUCAUUUUCUGUUUUCUUCAUGGUUGUGAUUUUAAGAUUUCUUACUGCAUUUAUAACUGUAUUUCGAACUCAUGCAUGACUUGAACAAUCACUCAUGGUAUUUGGUUUCAUAGUAGUAGCCAAGUAUUUAUGCAUGGUGAUUUGAAUUUCCAUAUGAAUGAAUGUGCCUUAUAGAUUUGUUUA